AUACAGCGCGUGCUCCAGAUCUCUGUACUGCGGUGACGGAGCCCCUGUAGCAGCACCAUGACUGGCGUCCUGUGGAUUACCUUCUCUGGAUUAUAACAGGCGAAAGGAAACGGAAGGAGACCAUGGCGGAGAGGUUGGAAUGGGUGGAGAUCAUCGAACCUCGCACACGCGAGCGCAUGUAUGCCAACCUACUGACAGGCGAGUGUGUGUGGGAUGCGCCAGCUGGUGUGCACAUCAAGCGCAGCGGCCCAGACCAGUGGUGGGAACUGUUCGACUCCAACACCUCACGCUUCUACUAUUACAAUGCCUCCACCCAACGCACUGUCUGGCACCGCCCACACGGAUGCGACAUCAUCCCUCUCGCCAAGCUCCAGACACUCAAGCAGAACACAGACACACCGCUUCCUGUUGCUUCGGUGAUCAGUGGAUCGGCUGACAGCAGCCCCGCUCGCAGUGCUGUCAGCACCACAUCGUCACAAGAGCAGGAGGAUAAAACAGCACCCAGAGAGGAAGGAGAGAGUUUCAGAUGGGGGACGACAAGUAAGGACAGGAUGUUGAUUAAAGUAUCUGACAGGGAGCCCAGUUUCCUGUCACAGGGCAACGGUUAUUCCAACUCUUCCCCACGCUCCAGACGCUCAUCUAGUAACACCCUCCCUGAGGCAGAAACCACUCCCCAUGCUUUGCCUGACCGUCGCCAAUCACAGUCUCCCUUUCUGAAGAGAGCUGACUUUGGUGGAACUCAGCGGCGUUGUUCAGGUGACUCUCAGCCUCCUUCGCCACGCUACGCUUAUGAACCCCCACUCUAUGAGGAGCCUCCUUCUGAGUAUCAGUCCCCACCCAUUUAUGAAGAACCACCCACUGAUAUGCAUUGUGACCCUGGCCUUUAUGCCUCAGAUAGAUCGCCAGCACGCAAGCCUGGGAUUUACCAUUCUCCCAAACAGAGCCCAUCCCCUUAUGGUCAGCUGGUGUUGACCAGACAAAGAGGCUCCACCCCUGAGAAGAUCUCCAACCAGGCAGAACGGGACUACGGUUUUAGUGGGCGUGAUUAUAGUUCUGCAGGGCGGGACUAUAGCUCUGGUGGACGGGACUACAGCUCUGGCGGGCGUGAUUAUAGCUCUGGUGGGCGGGAGUACAGCGCAGCAGGGCGGGAGUAUGUCAAGCAGCUUGUGUAUGUAGAACAGUCAGGCUCCUCUCCCAGGUUCCGGACAACGGAUCGAUUUUUAAACUAUGGAAAGGCUGCACAGGGUGGUCUACCUGCUGGAAUGUGUUAUGGUGGCUCUUUUACACUGCAGCACAGCCAUGAUGGUGGUGGCGGUAAUCGAAAACGUAAAAAUCGCAAGCCCUCCUUGCCUGGUGGGGAGGGAGAGAGUAUUGGGGCGGGAGUAGGAGCAGUACUCACACAAGCACGACUCGCCUGGGAAGCCCAGCAGCUCAUGCAACAGCGUGGAGGUGGCGCCUUGGGAGGUGGUACUAAAGACGGUUAUGAAAGCGAUGGCGCAACACCCUUGCCACUGCCAGGGCCUGUGGUGCGGGCAUUCAGCGAAGAUGAAGCUCUGGCCCAGCAGGAUGGCCACUGGAAACGUACUACAUUAGACAGACUUGCAUUUCCUCAAACGCUGUUAGAGAAGAGUCUGUCUGUACAAACCAACCUGGCAUCACCAGAGCCUUACCUGCAUCCCUCACAGUCGGAAGACCUUGGUGCAUGCUCACAGUUUGAGGCAAGUCGGAAUGCUCGGAACAUGAUGCCCAGUGCUAGUUGUGGUGUGUUUCCAGAAUUCUCCCUGCGAAAGCCCUCUUCCGAGACUGACAUUGAGAACUGGGCAUCUAAGCAUUUCAGCAAACACACACAGGGUCUGUUCAGAAGGAAGGUAUCUAUCGCAAACAUGCUGGCCUGGAGCAGCGAGCCCAUUAAAAAGCCCAUGAUCCACACAAUGGACCGUACAGUCAAGCGUGAGGCAGUGGAGCUCUUCAAGCACAUCCAGACCUACAUGGGGGACAGAAAGGGCAAAGGUGAGCCUCUGGCUGUGGCUCUGGAGAUUGCAGUGCGUGGCUGGAGCAACCAGGGCCUCCGUGACGAGCUCUACAUUCAGCUGUGCCGGCAGACCACAGAGAACUUCCGUUAUGACAGCUUACAGAGGGGCUGGGAGCUCAUGGCCAUCUGUCUGGCCUUCUUUCCUCCUACACCGCGCUUCCACAACUACCUGGAAGGUUACAUUUACAGACACAUUGACCCACUGAAUGACACCAAAGGAGUGGCUGUCAGCAGCUAUGCGAAGUAUUGCUACCGCAAAUUACAGAAAGCUGCAUUGACUGGAGCGAAAAAGGGUUUGAAAAAGCCUUGUCUCGAGGAAGUAGCUUAUGCUCGGAAUGCCAUCUUUAGCCCCUCUAUGUUUGGCUCUUCUCUGGAAGAAGUGAUGGCAAUGCAGAAAGAGCGCUACCCUGACAGACAGCUGCCAUGGGUACAGACACGUCUGUCAGAGGAAGUAUUAGGGUUAAACGGAGACCAAACUGAGGGUAUCUUCAGGGUGCCUGGAGAUAUAGACGAGGUAAAUGCGCUGAAGUUGCAAGUGGACCAGUGGAAGGUGCCAACCGGCUUGGAGGACCCACACAUUCCAGCGUCAUUGUUGAAGUUGUGGUACAGGGAGUUGGAGGAUCCAGUAAUUCCUCAUGAGUACUAUGAAGAAUGCAUCACUAACUAUGACAGUCCUGAAGCUGCUGUCAGUGUCAUCCAUAACCUUCCUCACAUCAACAAACUGGUGCUCUGCUACCUCAUCCGUUUCUUACAGGUUUUUGCUCAGCCUGCCAAUGUGGCUAUCACUAAAAUGGACGUGAGUAACUUGGCAAUGGUGAUGGCCCCCAACUGCCUGCGAUGUCUGUCUGACGACCCGCGCAUCAUUUUUGAGAACACCCGCAAAGAGAUGAGCUUUAUCCGGGUGCUCAUUCAGCACCUCGAUACUAGCUUCAUGGAUGGAAUUCUAUAGUCCACAUUAUUUACACACACACACACACACUCACACAUACAUACAUACACACAUACAUACAUACAUACAUACAUAUGCUACAAAUGCACACUUGUAUGCCCUGACAUAUUCACCACACAUACAUAACAAUUACACAAAAAUUUAAAACCUAAUUUGUGGACAAGGAAAACCCAGCCUGUAUAGUCAGCUGUAGAUCAGGAGGCAUGAACCCUAAUUACUGCACUGACACACACUCACAAAAGCACAAAUUGAAUCUGUUUUACAUACAACCACUUAUAGACACACUUAGAAGACAACGCAUACAUUCCAUUUUAGCCCCUUUUAUAAUUUCUGAAUGUGUUUGAUUGGAGAUGUGAAUGUAUAGCAGUGUCUUGUGUGUUUGUUUGUUGAAUGUCGUGUGAAAAUAUGUGUGUUUUUUUUUAUCUGACUGACCUAUAUAACUGUCUAUAACAGUCUACUUGAUUUUAUAUGAUUAAUUUAUUUUUUUUGUAUUUAUUUUAACAGGUGUUUAUAACUACUGCCUUUUGAAACAAAUUGUCAGCCUCAUGUCGAGUGUGAGUGUGUGUGUAUUUACAUGUAUGAACAAUAUGUUCCACAUAGUAGUUUUCUUUCAUGGAAAUUGUCACCACACACGUUUACAUGAUCAUAACAAUCACAUAUACUCAUAGUUUACCCAGCCCCAGACCCCCCCGACAAACACACACACACACACACACACACACACACAUACUGAUUAGGCCUGGUGCUUUUAAUAAUGAUAUAACACACCGCCUUGCACUACAUCCUCACUUCCCUUCAGGAGAAGCAAAGGAGAGUGAAAUAGAAGGAUGAAAGAUGGAGGGAGAGGCAGAGGGAUCAAGGCAGAAAAAAUAAAUAUUAAAGUUUUUUUUUUUUGGUUUCUUCACUUAUUGCACAUGGAAUGUCAUGGAAAUUAAUGUUCACAUUCAUCUAUAUCAUCAUAAAAUAUAUAAAAAAGAUAUUUAAAAAAAUAUAAAAUCCAUAAAAGAAGUAAACACAAAGUAUCAUAUAAAGGAAUAGUGAAACUAAAAAAAAAUGCUUAGGUUUGCUUCUCACUUUAGUAAAAUCGAAACUAUUUUAAUGGAGAUUGAAAUAAAGGAAGUCGAUUUGAAUCAUGUCUAAUUGAGAAUGAUCAGAGCUGAGAAAAAGAUAAAACACUGGGCAGAUCACUAUGAAGAGCAUACUCAGAGCAGCACACAAACAACACACAACCACACACACACGCACACACACACCUUACCUGGGACACAAACAGGGAAGAAAUUUAGAUCACUGCUGGAAUGUUAGCCUGCUCAUGGGUCUGUCUUGCGUUAUUGCUUUCACUGUUCAUGAAAUCAGGCUGAAAUCCCCUCUCCCUCCUUUUGGUCUGAGAUCUAAUGGUGACUCUGUAAGGUAGGGUAAAGUCUGUCUGAAUGUUGUUUAAUAAACAAUUAAAAACUU